AUGAAAACGGAUAUACCACCACUAGCCGCAGAACGACCAGUAAGCUGCGACAAGGAAAGCCGCUCUGUUUCAACAGGCCUUCAAGUUGACCUUGGAACGAGAAUGGAAGUCUCACUGGAAGUACCCAAAUGCCGUCAGGAUGAGUCUCCGAUUAAACCUCUGAGGCGGAGUUGGAAUACAGAAACAGAUGGAGCUGAAAUCAAGGAAGCAGAAAGUACCCUUGGUUCCCAGAUACCAACCUCGGCUUUCGAUGAAAAGAGUGUUGGUCAUUCCACUGUCUUUUCUGAUAUCAGUGACCCCUCAGCGUUCGCUUCAAUGGAUACUUCCUUCAACAACAUUGACAGCUCAUGGCGACAUGAUAGCAUUGAUACUUCUCUUCGCAUUGAAGCCCUAGAAUCACUAAAAGAAGAAAAUGAUGACUUUGACUUGUUAACCGAGCUCAUUGUCAGAAAUCCCGCAUCAUCAUCGUCCAUGGACACAGCCGUUUUCGAAUCCGCGAAGAAAGACAUUCCACCUCAACUUGCAGUGCGGUAUCAUUCAUCUAUUGACUCGAAAUUUGAGAUUCAUCCCAUGGACGACAGGUUUAGUGGAAUCGCACCAGAUGGCCAAGAUAAACCAAUGACACUUCCAAAGCCAUCCUACUCCCAACAACAAGCAUCGACGAUGCCAGCGUCGUCUGGUCUCCAAAAGCUGGCGGAAGCCUUCAUUUCUGGUUGCUCGAUUGGUACACAUUCGUAUCAUUUGAAGAAAUACCCCAAUACCUUUGUUGGAAGUCAAGCUGUCGACUUCAUGCUCCGUGCCGAUCUUGCGUCUACUCGUGAAGACGCAGUAUUUCUAGGACAACGAUUCUGCAGGGAGUUGAAUCUAUUUCAUCACGUUUGCUGGGACCAUACGUUCAAAGAUGGGCAAUUUUUCUACCGAUUUAACGAUGAAUGUUCCAAAGAUGUGCGAUGUGCGACCCCACUCAGCAGAGAGGACUUGGUCACGAUGAGUCGAAAAUUUGUGAAGGGUAUGCCUGUGUCAAAGCAUAAGAGCCAUCGAUUCAAGACAUACCGCAACACGUUCUCAGGGGAACAAGCCGUUAGCUAUGUGCUACAAGCCAAACUGGCUACGAAUAGACCCGAUGCCGUGUUUCUGGGUCAGCGGAUGAUGGAAGAGCUUGACAUCUUUGAGCCGGUUUCGCAUAACAGCCGCUUUAAAGAUUCUUGCUACCUUUAUCGUUUCGUCACGGAGGAGGGAAAUUCUUCCUCCUGUGAUGAUUCCGCUACUAUUGGAUCUAUGACGCACAGCGACGAUGCCCACCAUCAUCAGAAGUACCGGCAGCUGAGCCCAUUGUCACCUGCCAAUACUGAUAGUUGGAGCAAUCGAUCAUCUGCGAUUGGUGCAAAACGAAAGAUGCAGAGGGUUACCUUUGGUGUAGUUCAAAGUCGCUACUUUGAACGUCGCCUCGAAUGUAAUCCAGCUACAUCUUCGGGACCAAGCUUGGGCCUUGGUUGGAGAUUCUACGAUGAUUCACCGGUUCAAUUGAGGAAUGAAAAAUCUUUACAAUUGGAGUUUCGAGUAGGUCGACUUUCCAUCCAAGAUCGUACAAGGAUUUUGAAAGAAUGGGGAUACAACAAGGCAGAAAUCAACAAGGCUACUAGAAUCAACAGGAGCAUCCGGCAGAAACGAAAACAAUCCUUGAACAACGACACCGAGCAGCUGUAA